UCUCCAAUUUGAAUAUACCUCACUAGAUGGAUGUGGAAGGACAUCAACAGGGCUUUUAUAACUUGAAGAUUACUUGUUCAUUUACAUCUCCUGAAUUAUGGAAUGGAACACUGAUGUAACAUUGUUUAUAAAAUAUGUUAAUGCGUUAAUAAUAAAUCUGUUAGCUUGAAGAACAACCUUGUUUCUGAAACUUGUAUAACUCCUCAAUAAUGUCUUGUUCCACAGUGUCCAAAUGGCUCAAUGGGUUAAUCUCCGUGAACCCUGUACUGGGUGACGUAAAUGGACAUAAAGACACAGUCAAAGACUUCAGAUAUGAGACACACAAAAUAUCCAAAUAGCUUGAUUUGGAUAUUUUGUGUGUCUCAUAUCUCGUUCUCACCACAUCACAUAUGAUCAAAUGCUUAGUCACUUCUGAAAGACUAAUAUACUUAGAUAUAGUUUUACUUUCGGGUAAUUCCUUGUACGUGCACACAAGUGGGUCACAUUGUUCAAAUACAAGAGCACAUUGCCUGAACCAACCUCCCACCAGACACUGAAAUCUGCUCACAUGCAAAUAUAAACCCAAAGGGCAUGCUGAUAACACCCGACUGCAACAACUGUGUUAAAAACAGAGUUGAAAACCACAGAGGCUUUUGGCCAUUUAAGCACUUAAUUCGUGUUAGCAGUGAUCCGUCUGUAUGACAUGAAUAUUGAUUUUGUUUUUGCCAAAAUGACGUGGCUCUCUGCUUACUCUCUGCUCUCUUUCUUACGUAUUUGGAAAUACUCUCCUAAAUGGGCAUAGCAGGGCCAAUUGUUUUUUUUUUUUUAUUUCUUCCUCGAUUCAAGUGUAAUUAUAAUUAAAUGGGUAAAUUGGUCUGACUGUAUUUAAGUGCUAUGCAAUCUAAAGAUGUCAACGUUUUAAACUAACUUUAGUUUUCCCUUGAUUCCUAACAGAAACAACAAGUGUUACACAACCUUCGUUAGGCUCGUUCGGUUUCACGCUGAGCACAUUUCAGAAGUGAGGUCAGUGCUGUAUUAUUUGUGCAGUACAGUGCAGCGGGUUUUAAACAUUCCAUCCAACUACAUAGGAGCUUCCUCUUAUAUUUAAUGGUUUUGGAGUUCAUUUAGUGUCACUUAGGAAGCGGACCUAAGAGGCCUCAAUAUGAGGCAUCGGGCUUUUUAAGGCCAUGGAUACGAGCACAGUCACACAUCGCAGACACACAUCGCUCACCUGACGGGCAGAUGAGGUCGGAUCUUCUCCGUCCUCAAACAGGAAAGAACUGGUACCACCGGUACAUGUCUGGCCUAAUAAGUGAGCAUGUUUGUAGGAAACCUAGCGGCCACCGGUUAUACAUUCACGUAUGUGACGUUCCAGAGAAAUCAUUGUAGGAUCAGGGUACCAUUGGCUGCUCCCCGUCCUCCCAUCCCUGAGCCUUUUUAAGUGAAAGAAGAGUCUGCUGCUUAGUGCACAAAGGGGAAGUGGAUAAGAUCCCUCUGUACUCGCUCAUCAUGUUUAAAGUUAUGUCCUCUCUGAGAGGCCGUAGGGCAAUUUUAACAGGGCAGCCGUGCUGUUCACCCGGUUUGUCUGAACUUCACCUGGGAAGUGGUGCUGUAUGUCAAAAAUCACCUCUCAAAUAUCGACCCGCGGACGCAGAGAUGCCUUCAUGCGAUUUCAAGCCAGAGGAAUACAAGGGUAUGUCCAAGGAGCGCAUGGUGGAGAUCCGCCAGCAGAACUGCAACCCCAUGACCAUGAAGGUUACCUACUAUAAGAAGCCGGUGUUCAUCCAUCAGGGGCACAUGCAGUGGCUGUGGGACGUGGACGGGAGGCGCUACCUGGAUCUGUUUGCCGGCGUGGCGACUGUCAGUGUGGGCCACUGCCACCCGAAGGUGACAGAAGCAACACAGAGACAGCUGAAGAGACUGUGCCACACUACGAACAUCUACGUCCAUCCUCCUCUGCACGAGUACGUUGAGAAGCUGGCGUCCUACUUCCCGGAUCCUCUCAAGGUGAUAUAUCUGACCAACAGCGGCUCAGAGGCCAAUGACCUGGCCAUGCUGAUGGCUCGGCUUCACACGGGGAACUUUGACAUCAUCACUUUCAGAGGAUCGUACCACGGUGGCACACAACAGACCAUGGGUCUCACCUCCAACUCGCCGUAUAAGUACCCCGUCGCCACCACUUCCGGCUGCACACACGCCAUGAGUCCCGACGUGUUCAGAGGUCCGUGGGGAGGAAGCCACUGCAGGGACUCUCCUGUGCAGACCAUCAGAGAAUGUAGCUGCGCCCAAGGUCACUGUACGGCAAAUGACCUUUACAUCGGACAGCUUAGAGAGACAUUUGCUACGAGUGUGCCAAGCCGUAUUGCUGGUUUAUUUGCAGAGCCAAUUCAGGGAAUGGGAGGAGCUGUGCAGUACCCAAGAGACUACCUUAAGGAGGCUUACCAACUAGUACGAGAGAGAGGAGGGCUUUGCAUUGCAGAUGAGGUCCAGACCGGCUUCGGGCGAACAGGAAGCCACUUCUGGGGCUUCCAGGGUCACGACGUCAUCCCCGAUAUGGUUACCAUGGCGAAGGGCAUUGGUAAUGGAUUCCCAAUGGGAGCUGUGGUUACAACACCCGCAAUCGCUGCCUCCUUUGGUAAGGCCGUGCACUUCAACACCUUCGGAGGAAGUCCUCUGGCUUGUGCUGUUUCUUCAUCGGUGCUCGACACCAUCCAAGAAGACGGCACGCAGCAGAACAGUCUUAAGGUGGGAACCUAUCUGAUGAAACAACUGGCAGAUCUCAGAGACCAGUACGAGAUAAUCGGGGACGUCCGUGGAAAAGGCCUGCAGAUCGGUGUGGAAAUGGUUAAAGACAAGGCCAGCAGAGACCCGCUGCCUCCCGAGGCGAUGAGUGAGAUCUUUGAGCACAUAAAGGACAUGGGAGUCCUGAUAGGGAAGGGAGGAGUGUACGGACAGACGUUCCGCAUCCAGCCCCCGAUGUGCAUCACAGAGGAGGACGUAGAUUUCUUCCUCGCGGUUUUUAACAAGGCUGUGCAGAGCUACACGGACAGAAAAUGAACGGGUCCGAGGAGAAAGUCGAUGGCAGGAAAUGAAACACCACCACUCAGCAGCUGACUGCUGUACAUCCGUCAAAUGUUAAAUAGAUAAUUAUUCUCGUCCUGUUGUGAAACAGUGUUAUUAAUCAUUUGUAAGCAGGUACUUCACCUCCUUAAUAUAUUCUGCAUGUUAUAACAAGCUCAUUUUUUCUCACACGUGGGAAAUAUCACUAAUUCUUAAUUACUUUUUAAUCCAUGAAUUAAUCCAAUGAUGAUUAUUUGUCACCUUUAUAUCUAAUUGUAACAGUUAUCACUUGUUUGACUUGUUUUGUAUUGCAAAUAUCUGGGCAAUGAAAUGCUUUCUCAAUUA